AUGAUGUUCCAUAAAGGUAAAUUAUGUUCUCUUUUAUUCGUAGCGCUGUUAUUAUAUUUUUUGCAAAAUGAUGAGGAACAUUUCCUAAAAAUAGUUAAGUGUGACAUUACUGUAGCUAGAAAAAUAGGGAAUAAUUAUAACAAAAAAAAUAAGCACAUUGGAAGCAAAUUCUCUAAUCAAACAAAUAUAGGAUAUAAAAAAGAAAAUGAUAUAAAAAAAUAUAUUUUGUUAAUAAAUAGUAAGCAAAAAAGCUAUAUAAUAUCUAGAUUUUUCCUGAAACCCACUAAAAAAGAUAUAUUUAUUCGAAUUGUAAAUAAAAAUAAAAAUCAAAGGAAUAAAAAAAUAUUUAAUUUGAAUAACAUUGAGAAGAAAAAAAAAAUAUAUAUAAUGGAAAAAAAAGUAAAUAAUAAUUUUAAAAAUUUUACAUUUUUGGAAUUGCGUAAUCAUGUUUUAUCAAAAAAAUCAAAUGUCUUAUCAAAAGAAACAAUGGAUAUGAGUCAUAACAAAAAUAUUCCUUAUAAUUUGGAAAAUUAUAAUCAUAAUAGUUUUAUAGAUGAAGAACAAAAUAAAAAUUUUGAUUGGAAUCAGCUAAUUAAUUAUAGUAUGUCAUGUAGAGAAACUGGAUGUCCUAAUGCAUAUCAAAUGUGUAUUCCAUUUUCAGAUAACAAAAAAAAUUAUGACGGAAAAGAUAUUGUAUCUAUUAUUCUUGAGCAUAUAGGUUUUGCUGAUUCACUAUUAAAAUUUUAUAAUGGACCUAUUAUCGAUGAAUAUAGAUAUGAUUUUUAUUAUUCAUGUAUUUGUAAAAAAUAUACAACAGAUAACCAUUGUGAUGAAUCUGUCGAGUAA